UAUGCUCAUAAAGAUUUUUGGAAAGUUAUUACUGAUAAGAAGCUAUCUAGCAAUACUAGUAUAGCCAUUACUAAAAUAUCCGAACCUCUAAAAGAAAAGAUUCUUUCAAAACUGAUUAGAAAAAUACAGCCUGGACAAUGGCGUGAUAAAGGAGAAAAAAUUCAUGGUCCAGAUCCUAAUGUUGUAUACUGGCCAAAAAAUAGGCAUUGGGAAUCGAUUAAAGAUAUUACUGAAAAACUUUAUCGAAAAAAAUAUCCCAAUAUACUGAUCUUGUUAAUUUAUAGGCCAAGAGAUGGACGCAAACAGAAUUGCCUUGUCCAAAUUCCCAGCUCAUCUGAAAAGAAAGAGUUAGUAAAAAAUGAUAUAGAAUAUUUGCCCUUAAAUACACUCUCUGACAAGUUCUUAAAAGAUAUAUUAGCAAAUAAAAAAGUCAUAAAUUGGGAACUCAGAUACGCAAUGACUAUUCAUACUAGUCAAGGAAUGACUUUUAAAUCGCCACAACAUGUUUGGGUCAUUGAUGAAAACCUAGCCUGGGAUAAUCUAAUAUAUUUGACAGUUGGUCACGUAGAAUAUUUAAACCAACUCAUUCGAGUUGAAGCGCCUCCAUUACCCUGUGAAAUUGCCCAAAAGAUUGAGAAGGAAAAAAAGAAAAAAUGGCUAGAACAUGAAUUGAGACCAUCCAUUCAGUAA